AUGUUGUUAGGCGAAUCAGUGUUUAGUGCUUUUGCGGAGCCCCAGUCGACAAAGCAAGUCGAUGUUGAAGACCUCCUUUUUGGAGUGAGGGGUCCGCAAGUUAGCGAUCAUGAUGUUGAUCAAGGUUUGUUGUCCGCAGACGUCGGUACAACUAUUUCUCCUUUUGAAAUCCAUUCUUCGGUCAUAGAUUCAAUUUUUACCGAUCCUAUCGACCAAGAAACUCCAAUGUUCGAACCUCGCGAGGAUUCAUCCACUUGGGAACCUCUUUUCAAAGAGGAAGAGGAAAUCAAGCUCAUUCCCGAAGCUCCAAAGCAACAUGCAUCUCCAGAAGUCCAUGCUGAGUCGCCUUUGGAUGACAUGGAGCUUACCAAGAGAUCUUCUUCUUGUACGAGUAUUUCUUCUGUCACAUCCAAGAAGGAUCGUCUUGGAUGUACCCCUUACACUAGAAAGAAGAGAGCACUACCUUUGGAGCCAGUGGUUCCUGAGAGUGGCGAUUCUGUUGCAGUGAAGAGGGCUAGAAACACAGAAGCAGCAAGAAGAUCUCGUGCUAGAAAGAUGGAAAGAAUGUCUCAAUUAGAGGACAAAUGUGAAAGUUUGUUGCAAGAGAACGAGUCAUUGAAGGCUGAAGUUGCCAAACUGAAGUCUCUUCUCUCUUUUUCUGCUUAG